GUGUUUUGGUGUUUUGAAAAUGUAAACCACCUCAUUAAAGAGAAACCCAAGACGAGUACAUACGUAACAGUUACAAUAUAUUAUGAAUAUGAAUAUCUCGUUUCCUGCACAUAAUUUGGACAUACAUUCAUAGGAUAUAUCUGAACACUCACACAGAAAUUUUAGUCUGAUUCAUCUUAAUCUAUAGCAGUAAAACAUUUUGCGGGUUGUAUUGUCAAGGUUAAUAUAAAUUAAUAAAUCUACAGAAUUAACAUUUUACCUUACAUGACGUGCUUACAUUUAAUUCUCGAAGAUAUAUACUGUACUUCUUUAUUCUCGAAAUACAUUUAAUAUCUCAAAUGAAGAAAUGUAUACACAUUCUCGACUCACUAGUGAAAGCUCAAAUGCAACGAACGCAUCUGGAAGUACAGAGCAAACGGAUUUAUCGGAUGAUAUCGUUAGCGAUAGCACCAAGAAAGCAACAACACAAAAUGGCCAAGGUAUUGGAUAUUUGGGUCAAAUACGUAUUGCAUCCGCCAUAGACUCAAACGUAGAAAACCAACGAGAAAACGCGCAUGCUCAAAAAGAAAGCGACGGUGGUGGAUACUUUAAGAUACAUGUACCAUCGACUGAACAAGAAGUAAGACAUGUAUGGAUAGAUUCACAGAGAGGUAACUUUGGAACAAAAUGCGAGUCAGUGCCUUUACUUUUAAGAAAUGAAAGACAAUACGCAGUGCAGGACAUAAUUCGUAGCGAAGAUUUCAAAAUAUUCUUUGAAACUGAAUACGCAGAAAUUGCGAAAUUUAUGAAGAACUACAAAAGUUUAAAGAAAUGUUUUUUGAUUUUGGCGGUGUUGAACAUCAUUCUGAUUAUUUGUGCCGUUUCUGUUAUGCCCGUUAUCUUGGUAUCUUUUCGUCUCGGAAACGGUCAUGUGAUGUCAGACAAAGGCUCACUUGAUGUUGCUAUGGAAGAGUUUGUGUUCGAGAAACUGAAUUUCCCACGAGCACGGGAAAUAAUUCGGCAACACGUUCCCUGUGACGAUUGCCGUCGUCUUAGCGACGAAUUAGAAACAUACAAGUCAGAUAUACAGCAAGUCCGUGAUAGUAUUGAUACAUUGGAAAAUGCAGUGAUCAGUUUGCACCUAAAUGGGUCUAACACAGGCAAUGCAACAAGAAAAUAUAUACAGAACAGUUUUCAGAAGACUUCGGUGCAUAGAAGAGUAGAGUAUAACAACCGACUACUGAAUAAAUUGCUCAAUUGGAAACGCUCGUCAAUGCAACUAAUAGGAACAGUUAUAAAUGGUCAGAUUGUAUGGGAGGACGAUGUGUUGAAUGGUAACAUAAUGUCGCGUAACAACAAAGGUAUUCAUGUCAAAAGCGGAGGAACAUAUUUCGUUUACUCAAACAUUAGAUUUGAAAAAAGAAAUUGUACCGGAAAUGAACAGGUUUUGAUCAAGUCAGAAAGUACGAAAUUAAACUAACAUGGCGGAAUAUAUAGAUAUUGGAAACAAUAGGCCGUUGAUGCAUUAUAACAGACGUGAGUUCCAGUGUAUAGUUGAAGUAAUUCAGAAACAUUUGGGAAGAGAUAUUGAUCUUAUCGGAUUAUUGAUAUCAAUGAAACAACUAGAGAUAAUAAACAAAAAGCAGUACAGCAACUUCAAGCGUAGAUAUACAGAAUCCGAAUCUACAAAUUCUGGAGAAUAUCUGUUACAAUUACUAUUGCAUUUGUCCUUUGAACAAUUAUGCUUUAUCUUCGAACAAGAAGGAUAUACGGACAUUACGGCUGAUCUUCGAUUUAAAAGAUUCACACUUCUUUAUAAGAAACUUCCUCAAAAGGAGAUGCCACAUUCAAAACGGACACAUGAUUACUAUAAAACCCUCAAGAGCUGCAUCGACAAUGAUUCAUUUCACGGGAAUAAAAUUCUGAAAUUAAGAAAAUUUAUACAAGAUCAAGAUGCAAAAAUAGUUUUACCAGGAAAUAUUUCUGCACACGAUCGGCAGUUUGCAAUGGAAAGAAAGUCUGCAGCGACAGUGUUAUUGAUUCAACAACACAAAAACAAUGCUGAACGAAAGACGAUACUCAAUCAAGCAAUUGCCACAGAAACCAAUGGAAUAGAUAAUACGUCUUUGGAAAUUGUUUAUCAUUCGAAAAUGGCUUUAACGGAGGCGCAGGAUGGAAACGUUGGUGAGGCGGAAGAACAUAUGGCAAAAACAAAAGAUCUUUGUCGUAUUACCGGCCCUUGUUUUGCCGUUACCGCUGCAUUCCAUGACGUCCAGUACACGUGUAAAUCGUUGUACUUUAAGAGUCCAUCAGAAGAGAUGCUGGAAAAUGUUCUCAAGGAAGGUGAUAUAGGUAUUCAGAGUUUAAACGAAGAAAGGGAGGACGUACAAAAGUUAUGGAAAAGAAUAAUGCUUCUGUUCAUGGUGUUGUCGUUACUUUUCAUAACUCCGGAUUUUGUGGUUUGUGAUAUGAGGAAAGUUAAGACAGCUCACAAGAAACGAGCGGAACAAAUUUUAAAAGAAAUAAAACGUUGCAGUGACGACAUCGAACUAAGACGGCAAAUGAUUUUAUAUCUGUGUUUAGCAGCACUCAAUGAAGAAAAAGACAUAUCAUCAUCCGAAGAAUACGCCAAGAAAUCGUUGACUGCUGCCGAAAAUGGCGGUUGCUUCCGUGAUAUAGAGAAACGUAAUAUUAAAGCUUAUCUAAAGAAAGUUCAGAGAACAAUUCUGAUGCGAAGACUCGGCAGAUAUUUAAUUUUAUUUGUGUUUGGUCUAGGAAUAUAUCAGUUGACAGAAAAUUUUGUUAGUAAUGAUCAGUUCUAUAUAUUUAUUUGCAAAGUAACGUUUACAAUAAUUGUUUUCAUCUGUGUAACGCCAUUUUGCGUCACAGAAUAGCGUGUGCAUUCAUAUGUAUACACCUUUUAACUGUAAGAAGUGCAUUCUAUUUCCAUUGAAACGUAUGCACGUAGGCAAAGCAGUCCCAAAAGAUUACGUUUGUGUGGUUGUGCUUGGUUACUCAUAUCACGACGUUCAUUUUACCAUACGUUGUGAAUAGAAAGCACGCUUUGUUACGCGUCGUCAAACGCUCGCUGGUUCAUUAAGCGUAGACAAUUGAUGAUACAGUCAUAAAGAUAUGUAUUGCUUAAAAAGUAUUCAGACUAGAAGAAUUUCAUCAUUUUGAAUGUAAGAGAAGAAAUGCCAAACAAUUUAAGAAAAUUUCUUUACAAAUUGCAGCAUUUGUAUUGAACAUCUUAAGAAAUUAAAAUCUUGCCCUGAUGUUUAUGGUUGCUUUUGAUCUUAUACAGGGUGUUUCAUACUAUUUGUUACCAUUACAAGCUAAUAUAAAACGUACAUGUAACACAUAACGUAGAGAUGGUACCUAAAAAAAUUAAAUUCAUCUUUACAGAUUUUUUUCAGAGUGAAAUGAUAGCUCAGUACACCAUUUUACUAAAUAUAUUUAUGGUUUUCCUCCUCUCCAUGUAAAAAUAGAAAUAUUUGAUAUUUAAAAAAUGACUUUCUCAAAAUAUCUGAAGCAAAAUGGACAACUCUUGUAUUGACCGUUUUUCAAUGAUUUUAGGAUUUCACCAAUUAUAGUCUGUAUCAAAAGUCUCCACAGCUAAAUAAAUUCAAUAGAGUAUAGUGUAAGUUUAGUCUACUUUCAACACUUUGAAAGAGCCUAUACUGAACUUCCUUUUGUCUUUUAAUAAAGUCAAAAUUCAGGACUAGCCAAGAGUCUAAAACUAAUGAAAAAAAAACUGAGUGAAAGAGAAUGACAUACUCUUUAUUAUAAGCUUACCAAAAUCAUACCAAACAUUUAUCUGAAAGAAGUUAUUAAAAUUUUAAAAUGUAAACAAAUCCCUACACCAUUUUACCAUCAAUUCAUGAAUGCACUCAAUUCAGGUGAUAAUUGUUGAUAUAUUGUAAAUGAGAGGCCCCAAAAAAAAUUUUUUCAGGUUGUGUAAACAGUUUAAGUUGUAAAUUAAUGUUGAUAUCUGAAGUUACCCGCUUACCUUGGUUACAACAAUAAAUAGUUAUAAAAUAAACAUUAUAGUUUUUUAGGGUAGUUAUGCUUUUUCAGCAUUUAUUUGUUUUUCAUGGAAAGCAAUGUUCGUGAGAAUUUCAUCCAGAAAAUGCUGAAUUGCUUAAAAUACAUUGCAGAGAUACAUAUCAGCUACCUUAAAAUGUUUUACUUAAACCAUUACCUUAAAAUGUUGUAAUUUCAUUUGAUGACAAUGAUUUUUUGUGUUACAUUAUUUGCAGCAAAGUACUCUUGAACAGUAAGAGAACUGCUUCAAAAUGACUAAAGCAUAAGAAACACUUUCAAAAUGAUCCAUUGAAAUGACGAAUAUAACCAGUCUAGCUACGUUGUUACACAAACGUGAUACCAGUUUAACUUAUUUUGUAAUUUCUCAUUGUUGGAUAUAUACAUUUUACAUUUUAGUGUAUAAAUUUUGUGUAAACCAAUGUAUCAUCAUUGAGAACAAUAUAUAGCUUUGGCUAAAAGAUCAAAACUUAAUAACAUUUCUUAAUGUCAUAAAAUUUCUUUAAUGGAAUUUAUGCAUUAUUUUACUUUAUUUUCAUGCACUACUAAACUUUCAAUCAGGGCCUCACUACAACUUAUAAAAUAACUGUCAGUGUAAGCCAUGAGAAAAGUGUGCAUGUUGUAUAUUUUAUACAAAGAGAUUUAAAAAAAUGUAGGUCAUAUUUUGUCUGCCUGAUCAGUUGUUGGUAAAAGGACCUAUUUGAUUUUUCUUUCAUUUUUGACCAAUGUUUUAUGUUGGCUUCAGUUUAUUUGUCAAUUCAGAGUUGUUCCCCUUAGAUUUUCUUGGGUAGGUACCAUCUCUAUAUAACACAGUCAUGUUAUAUAGUAUUCUAAAGGAGACGGAAUGAAGUUUUACGUAAUGUAAAAAAUAACGGAAAAAGUUGACGUCAUAAACGAUGUUAUCAAAACAAGUCAUAUUUUCAAGACGGCGUUGCGCUUAGAAAUGUGCACAGAAGUAGUUAAGCUGUAUUAUGAAAGUUUUUCACCAGUCACAGUCAUUAGAAUGCAAAAACAAUAUCCUGAGGAUGAGAAACUUAGCAAGAUGCAAGUGCACAGAAUAGUUAAAUGGUUUGAAUAGUCAGGGUUAGUAAUUGACAGACGAAAUGGUAACACCGGCCGACUGAAAGCAGUCAGGUCUUCAGAGAGGACGUCAUCUUGAGCACUUGUUGUAAAAUUGAACCUUUUCUGGGACACCUGCACUUUACCGGUACGCACUUUCAAUAAAUAUACUCCCUCUUUAUUUUUAUGGGGGCUACCGCCCCCACAUCCCCGUUUUUCUUUUUUAUUUAUUGAAUAUAUUAUUGUUACAAUUUAUUUCAGUGACUGUAACAAGCACACCCUGCCUUUUAAAAUCCUAGCAGGAAGUGCGUACUGGUAAAGUACAUUGUAUCCCCUUUUUUAAGUAAACCUGCUGAUGUUAUGUAUCAAAUAAAACUUUGUUAUAUCUCCUAUCGCUUAGUGACUUUCAUUUAAAAGUACAUUCCAUAUUUUGAAAAAUUUAAACAGCGAAAUGGUAACAGGUAUUAUGGAACACCCUUUACAACCUAAAUAAGAAUUUGAUCUCAUUCGUAAAUUCAUUUGAAUAAAUCAUGUGUUGGAAGCUCAAUACGUCUUAUUAACAUUGCAUAUGAAUUGUUUGUUGGUAAUCCGAACCCAAUGAAAUCGAAGCCUUAGUUUAUAUUCAAACUUUUAGAACCAUAUUAGAAUAAAAUGUAUUUAUCAAGCUAUUUUUAUAUUUAAAACAAUAUUUAUAGGUUAUUAACUUUGUAUGUGGAUAUAUGCACGAGUUCUUCAGCGGCAAUAAUAUCCGCGAAAGAACGAGUGCAUAUAUCCACAUAUAAAGUUGAUAACCUUUUUAUUACAUACCCACAAUCAAAUAAUUAAUUUAUGUCUAAAUUAUCGUUCUGUAACGAAAGACAGAAAAAUACGAAAAGAAUUUCUCCAAAAAUGUAAUAAACAAAUCAAACUGACGCGCAUUAGUAUUUUCCGCGAAAAUGACGUCAACUUGUUGUCGCAACAUGCGCGUGGACGCCAUAGACAUCAAGCGAUUCUUUCCAUUACAACGUUAAGAAAACAUUCCACGUCCGAUAUGAAAGUGUUCCACGUCAAUAUGGAAAAAUAUUGCACGAUCACGGCCCAUUGAAAUUCAGUGGAAAAUAAUGUUAGGUAUGUAAUAAAUAAUAUUUGUUGUAAUAAACUUUAUUUUGAGUUAUAUGACCAAAGGAAGUGCCUACGCCUGUAAUGAAAUUUAUCUAUUUACAAUGUAUCUUAUACGUAAAAUCUUCCUCUGGCUACACUUCCUCAAUGAAUUUUAAAUGAUAUAGCUUGUGAGCAUAAUGAUUUUAGGGAUCAGGCAAACCACUCAAUGUUUUAAUUUAACAGCAUACAACUCAAUAAAAUGAUCUGAAUCUAGACGGGCAUUUUUUUAUAGUUAUGGGCAUUGGUCGAUUGGCACGUAAUGUGCCCGUGACAUAAGUACCGACCUGCAACAACCUCUUUGCAAGGUCAAUGCUACAAAAGAAACCAUCAACCACAACAUGAUAUCCCUUAUUUAGCAAAUUACAAUUUGACAGUAGAUCCAACACGACUCGGUUACCUUGUAGACCGACAAUAGCUGGUUCGAACCGCUUUCCGAGGUAACAAGUCAUCUUUUGGACAUAUCCGUUAAGGCUAUCUGCAAGUACCCAGAACUUUACACCAAACUUUGCUCGCUUUGUCGGAAUAUACUGCAACAUUGACGUUUUCCCUCUCGUUGCUACCAAGGUUUCAUCUAUACUCAGAUUUCUGGAAGGAGUGUAAUAAUGCUGGAACAUUCUGUUUGCAAAGUCUAAAAGGGGCUUGAACUUAGGUCCGGCCUAGAAUCACAUGAAAAGUUCGCAUUUAUACUGAUGAUUCUCGUCCUCAAAAUCAAAUUAAACAUUUUAUCUUUUAUGUAGAUUGAAAUAAGAACAUGUUAACGUCGUGAACAGUAUGAAUGUCUUCAUAGUGCUUUUCCAUGAAAAUUGAUAAUAUACUUUCAUCAUUGAAAUGUAGCUCAUUACACUCGUACUACGAGUUUCUUAGUUUAUUUAUUCAUCUCCUUGUUGUUUAUCAGUUAGUGUAAAAUAAAAAGAAAACUAUGUUGGUUUUCUCAUGG